AUGAGUGAGAGAGAGAAAGGUGAUCAUGGGAAGAAUCCUGGCAAAUCAAGUGAAGAACUUGACAUUCUUCAAAGAAGUAAUAAUAGGAAUAAAGGUGAGGGAGAUCAGUUUUCAAAUGAUGUAUCUAUUAUACCUAGACAUGAAGGUUGGAUGGAAGAUGAGAAUGGCCAACGUUCAACCUGGAGGGAAAUUCUGAUGCGUCAUAAUGGAGAAGAUGAUGAAUGGGAAGGAGAGGCGUCUGCUGAGGAAGACUUAGAUGGGGAGGAACCUGCUGAGGAAGAGGAUGUCAACCAUGGAGGAAUUAAGAUGUGGGAGGAAGAUGAUGGGCGUACUUAUUUUAGUUGCACCAAAAGAGCAAGGAAGAGAAUGAGGAAACCUUGGGAGAAAGCUCUGAUUGUUAAACUCCUUGGGAAGAAAAUUGGGGUGGAGUUUAUGAAGAAAAAAAUAAAUGUCUUAUGGGCUAGAAAAGGCAAAAUCAAUGUCACUGAUAUUGGUAAUGACUUUUUCGUAGUCCAGUUUAGUGAGAAGGAUGAUCUCAAUUUUGCGUUGAACGGUGGUCCAUGGAUUGUUUUGGGUCAUUAUUUAUCGUUGAGGAAGUGGGAAACAACUUUCAGACCUAAUAGUGCUGGAAUUGCUAAGAUUGCUGCUUGGAUUCGUCUACCGGAUAUUCCCAUUGAAUUCUAUGAUGAAGCUUUUUUUAGAAGGAUUGGAAACUGGUUAGGCAAGAUGAUCAAGGUAGACAGCAAUACAAAUGCUCAUGUAAGAGGACGGUUUGCAAGAAUAUGUGUGGAACUGGACCUAUCUCAGCCAUUAAAGGGUGAUUAUGUGCUGGAAGGAUUUACCAAACAAAUUGAGUAUGAAGGAUUAGGGCUCAUUUGUUUUGGUUGUGGGAAAUAUGGACAUAGCACCGAGAAUUGUUCAGCUGCUCCAAAGCAACGCAGUUCAUCCGAUAUUCAUAAUGACGAUCAAAUUCAUCAAGAGGAACCUGGCAACACAGAAUUUCAUCGAAGCAAAGGAUUGGGACCUUGGAUGGUUGUUAACCGUCAACGCAGGAGCCGGCAACCUCCUCAGACGGCCGGUGCAGUCCAGCCAGGCGCUGAUAAUCAUGGUGAUAAGGAGGAAAUUACGCAAUCACGGUUUGCAAUCUUAACAGCUGGACCUAUUAAUGAGGAGGAUCAUAAUCAAAUAAUUAAUUCUGUUACUCCUCAUAUGGGGGCCCCUCAGUUUGAAAUUCCUCAGAAAAUAUGGACUAAAUCCAAAAAGUCCAAAGAUACCCCUAGGACUAAUUCAACGGUUCCUACUAUGCAUGCAGCUCCUUCUUCAAGCACGGGUAAGAGGUGUCCAAUCCAGAGUGAAAAUCGUGAAGAUCAUGCUCCCGUUCCACCAUCUCCAUCAAUUGCUACUCCCAUGGCGGUUAGUCCUAUGCAAGCAAAUCAACAUGAUCAGGAAAAUGGGAUGAAAGCAAAUAGCACUUUGAACCAGAAUCAAGAGCAGUUAUAUGGCACAUUUCAUAAAACUGGUCCUGAUAUAUCAGGGAGCAGUGAAACCCCAGUUUCAAAAAUCGCUUUUUUCUGUUUACUAGGAAAUAUAAGCCUAGUAUUGGGAGCAGUGAAACCCCAGUUUCAAAAAUCGCUUUUUCUGUUUACUAGGAAAUAUAAGCCUAGUAUUGUAGUGAUUCUAGAACCUCUGUGUAGUGGUCAAAAAGCUUCUGACAUUAUCCGAAAAUCUGGGUUUAAGCAUGCUUUUGUUCAAGAGGCAGAAGGUUACUCAGGGGGUAUUUGGAUCCUCUGGAAUGAUGAGACUGGUCUCGUUGAAAUUCUGUUGGAUCUUGGAGGAUCGGGUCCUUGGUUUACAUGGAAGGGUCCGAAGUUUCUUCAUCUUGAUCGUGUUUUUAAGAGGCUGGACCGAGCCUGUGCUAAUGCAAGUUGGAAGACUACCUUUACUGAUGCUGGCGUUAAGGUACUUCCACGGAUUUAUUCUGAUCAUAGUCCCAUUUUGGUCUACUUGACUAACUUGGACACAGGUUGGAAAAAUCGUCCUUUUCGCUUUGAGAUUGCUUGGAUGGAGCAUUAUAACUUUACUCAGUUUCUGGCUAGGAGCUGGAAUGUUGUGAAAGACACUAGAACGAAUCUGCAUGAUCUGACUCCAAAUUUAAAAAGAUGGAACAAGGUAGUCUUUGGCAACAUUUUCAACAGGAAGACUAACCUAUUGCAUAGUGUUGCAGAAAUUCAGAAUCAUGUUGAUUAUCAUACCAACUUAUCUCUCCAAUCUAGAGAAAAGGAUGUUAGGAAGGACCUUGAUGCGGUUCUCAUUCAAGAGGAGAUCUUAUGGUUUCAAAAAGCCAGGGUCUCAGUUCUUUGGAAUGGAGCCAUUGCAGGUGACUUCCUUCCUUCAAGAGGAGUUCGUCAGGGUGAUCCUUUAUCUCCCUACAUUUUUGUUCUAGCCAUGGAAAAUUUUCUCAUCUCAUUCAAGAUGCGGUUGACAAUAAGAGAUGGAAGCCAAUCUCCGUGGGUUUCAAAUGCAACACAGUCUGCUCCCU